AAUGUCUUUGAAUGCAUAGUUUCCAAAAUAAGUGCCAUUUCUUCCUGGACAUGUAUUUUCAGACCCUUACAAAGAAAAUCAUCAUAAAACCUAAUAAUUUUCAAAUAUCAAUGGAACUGUGCAAGAAAAAACAAAUUUCAUUCAUGAAGAAUUUGAUCCAAAUUUAUUAGACUCAAUGAAAAUGGGAACACCUCCAAAUCUCACUUAUGGUAGUAGAUAACCACCUGAAAAUGAUUAUAUUCCAAGAAUUUAACCACCAUGGUUGAAAUAUGAUCGAGCUGUUUUACGAUUUUAUUCAUAUUUCUAAGAAUCAGUAGUUGAAAAUCCCAAUGAAAACUAUAGAAUUAGAUAAGUUAUCAUCUAUUAUUACCUUUCUGAUGGAACAAUCCAUGUUACUGAAGUAAAAAUUUAAAUAACUGUAGCCUCGAGUAUAAAAUUCAGGCAUUCCUUAAGGACUCUUUAUUAAAAGAUAGAAAAUACCAAAGAAGUUAGGAAAAUAAGAUUUUUAUACUUGGGAGGAUCUUUAAUUAUGCUCGAACAUCAAUUUCUAUGAUAGAGUAUAAUUUCAAAAUUUAAUUAGGUUUAUCGAAUUUGUGAUUGUGAUACAUAUACAAGAGAGUUUUAUGAAUAUAUGGGCAAACCAUUAUCUUUACCUGAAUAAUUGCCAAAAGAUAAUUUUAAAGCUUAAAAAGAAACUAAAGACUUAAAAAUCAAUCCUCCAGAUACUAAAGAAUAUAAGGAAUAUUUCGAAGUUAAAUUAGGAGGAGGACAUCCAAAUGGAGGAUUAAAUAAAUAUCUCAGUAAUGAUAGAAAAGUUUUAUCUUUUGAUAUUAUUUGGGAUGAUGCUUCAAUUGAAGGCUAAUUAAAUUAUUACACACUCAAUUAUUAUUUAGCAGAUGAAACUUGUGAAGUUAAAGAAGUUAGAAAAUAAAAUUCAGGAAAAGAUCCAUAUCCACUUAUGUUGAGAAGAUAAAAGAUACCAAAAUAACCAAUUUUAACUCAUUAUCCAGGGAUGACAUUAAAAAAAGAAGAAUUUUAUGGUCCCUUAGAUCUUAUUUGUGGAAAUUAAGUUAGAAUUUAUGGAAGAGAUUGUUUUAUUUAUGGAUGUGAUGAUUUCACUAAAGAAUAUUAUUUAACUGUUUUAGGAAUCUAAUAAAAGUAAUAUUUAAAAUUAUUAUAUAUAUAGACCAGCCACAUUGAAGUAAGAGAGAGGAAAGAAGUUUUAUCAGCCAGUUCCUCCUUAUAAUGGAUAUGGAUAUGAAGAGGAUUCAUUAGGUUCAGUUUAUUCCUUAUAACCAAAACCUCCAAAGAAGGAUGUUAGAAAGAAUUUUACUUAAGAUUAAUUCAUUUUAAGAUUUGAAUCAAGAUUAAUUAGUGAAAUAAGAGAAGAGAAUUCCAGAAGAUUUAUUAUAUCUUUUUAUUGUGGAGAUGAUACUGUUUAAGUGUAUUAAACUUCAGAAAGAAAUAGUGGAAUUUGGGUAAUUUAAUUAUAUAAUUUAAGGGAGGUAAAUUCUAAGAAAGAUCUAGAUAGAAAAAUCCAUUAACUAAUGAUUAUUAUACUGAGAAGGUAUUAUUUUAUUGAGAUUAAUUAAGGAUUUCUAAUUGGGAGCUAUUGUGUAAUUUAAUGUUUAUAAAUUUUAAUUGAUGAGAGCUGAUGAAUUUACAAUUAAUUAUAUGAAAUAGAAAUCUGAUGUCUUUAAAGAAGCAGAUAUUAAACAAAUAAUUGCAAAGUUAAGGAUGUUUGCAGAUAAUUAUCCUAAUUUUGAUACUUUCUUAAUGGAUUUAAUGAAGUAAUUGAUAUAUUAAUUAAUUAUUUUCUUAGAAAAUUAGAUAAAUAAUUGAAAGGUUAGAUUGAAUUUGAAGAACUUGCUGCUGGAUUAUAAGAAUUAGGAUUCAAUUUAACAUUACAAGAGUAAUAUUAUUUGAUGAGGGAAUUCGAUAUUAGUGGUGAAUGGAAAAUGAAUAUGUAGGCAUUUUGGGAAGGAAUCGGAGGCAAAAGAUCUUGA